AUGAUGAUCUUCCAAACGCUAGCCCCAGUGGACGGUCGCAUCUCAGGCGCUGUAGCCAAGGACCACAUGCUCCAGUCGAAAUUGCCAAAUAAUGUGUUGCGUAAGAUUUGGACGUUAUCAGAUAUAGACAAGGAUGGGUACCUGGACCUUAACGAAUUUGCUCUGGCGAACUACUUGGUCGAUCUAAAGCUUAACGGCUGUGAGCUGCCCUCUGAGCUACCUGACCAUCUUGUACCGCCCAGCUUCCGAUUCAGGAACGAGUACAACAUGCUUCUCAAUGGACAUGAAUAA